GAAUGUUUACGUAAAUUUAUUUCUGAUUUUAAAUUAACAUAAUCUGAAAAUGGAGAGGAAUAAAAGUAACCAUCGGAGAGUUGCCUCUGACAUUCGUGCUUCUAGUAUCUAUUCUUGCAAGGAAUGUGGUUGUACUUGUAAAACCUGCAGUUCAUCAAGUUUGGAUCUGCAUCAACAAAUAGAGGAGUUACAAAGCCAUCUGGUGAGAAGUAAUGGUCAUAUAUCACAGAUAGAACAUGAAUUAUUAGACAGUAAACAAGUGGCUGAUUGGGAGUUAUUAAAAGUUACAGAUGAAUUUAAUAAACUACGUGAUAGAUAUGAUAGGUUAUUAGACAGUCAUAAAAGAAUGCAGAAAGUGAAUCAUGAAUUAGAGGAUAAACUCUUGAAAGUUGUAAAUAAAUUUGAAGGAGAGAAAACAGAAUUACAGCGUGAACUGGCCUCUUCUACAUCCAAAUUAGUUGAUGCUAAACUCACUAUUUGUGAUCUUGAGGAAGAAAAUGACCGUUAUAGAACAGAUUGCAAUAUGGCAGUACAAUUGCUACAGUGUAAACCCUCCAAUUUUAUAGCUCAUAAGCUAGACUACCUUCCAGUUGACUUACAAGAUCGUGUCAAAAAACAUUUAUCAAGUGAACAAAAAAUAAAUAUGGAGAACUCUUCAGCCAAAGAAAAGGAGUCAAAAUUAAUACGUGUUCCUAUAGCAACCUUUCCUCCAACAGCAAUGGUGUAUUCUGUGAAUAAUCAUCAAAAUAAAAAUGACGUUGAAAACGGACUUGACAAACCAGUCUAUGGUGAAACAGUGCCAAUGACGUUAAUCGCAAAAGUUUUAACUCAGCCAGAACCGAAGUACAAAUCUCAACGGACCUAUAUUUGUUGGAAGUGUAAACACGAUGUUGUGAAAAAUGACAAAGAAAUUCAAGUGAACAUGGUGAAUUAUAAAGAUUCAGAGAGUUCACGAAGUCGUAGGCCUAGUGGAGUACAUAGAGCUAGGUUAGAUUCUACAGAGACUGAGAUAUAG